AUGGCUGGAGGUGCUGUGGAGCAUAGCUUGGAAUAUGGAGGUGCCGUUGGUCUGGGAUCGGUUUCUGCGCAGAAGCUGUGGAAGAACACAGCCGAGGAAUCAGAGCCCCGCCCAUUGCAGAUCGAGUACAACAGCGGCAUGUCUAUUGAAGACUCCGAAAUCUGCGAGGAUCUUGGCUUACCCGGACAUCAGAAGGUUGCAGAGACCGUCUUCGAAGAUCCUGAGGAGGCCAACAUUCGACCUCGACUGCUUGUCCCUCUGCAGUCUGUGCUUGGUCUCAAGGCCCUGUGUGAGCGAGAGUACAUUCGCACUGAGACCGUGACGGAGAUGUUGAACCAGUGUCGUACCGCUUAUUACAAGGAGCUGCUGUAUCUUCGGGAGCAAUUAAUCCUGGCUGCCGAGCCGGAGAAGCAAAUGCUGCUGGCAUCGGUCCAAAACUAUGAGGUCUAUUACUUCAAUCCACCCGCUUACGUAGAUGAAGACUUAAAAGAAUACAUGAUGAAUUGCAGCCGGUGGACGCACAAGAAGCUGAUUGAGGAGAACUACGAGUUGCAAAUGAAGCUGGCAGGGCAGGAGGAUGUGUUUGAGAACGCAGACUUCUGCCUAAAAGGGCUCCUUCGAAGACAUGGGACUUACAGGAUGUUCAAGACUAUGCACAACAUUGUGAGGAAUGCGAAGGACCUUUUCAAUCCUGAGGAUAUGAUUCGCAAGAAAGAGACGGAGGGACUAAAGCCGAUUGACGAGCUGCAGGCAGCUGUCAUCGAAGUGUUCCCCAACCUCAAGGCCAAAGAAGACAAUUCAGCCAUCCUUCUUGCAGAGAUUGAGGAGCUCCAGAAGUCUGUGACCGACCUCCGAGCAGAGUUAGCAAAGGUGAAGGAUCUGCUUGAGAAAGAAAGAAGUCGGGCAGAUGAUCUGAGCCGCCAAUGUGAAGAGCAUAUGAAGAACAAGCCCGCCGCAGCGCAGGUGGAAGUCGUGAAAGAGGUCGACAACGAGGCAACCUUGGAAGAGCUGAGGCAAAUGAAGGACCUGAAGCAACGCCUGGAACAGGAGGCACAGGCGCAGGCUCGGAGGCUGCACAAGCAGGUUGAAGAAUUUGCAGCUGCGAAAAGCUUGCAACCAGGACAUGCCAGUGCUGAUCCAAGCAAGCUUGUGCCGAAGCUGGAUGAGGCAAUCUUGGAGGCGGAGCAGUUGCUACAAGCUGCUGCAAGCCUCACAUCGCAGGUCACGGUUUCGAAAGUCCAGGCAACCACAAAACAAGUUGUGGACCGAAGCGCUGAAGAGAAAGCCUUGAAGGAGGUUCAGCAGCUCAAACAACAGCUGGAAGUUUUGACAGCCAAGCUCGCAGCUGCAGAGAAGAGAGAGCAGGAUGCUUUGCAGAAGCUGAAGGAGUUGCAGAACAAGAAGCCAGAGAAGGUUGAGAGGCCGGAGUCAGCAGGACCUGCGGUGCCUGGUGACUACGAUGAGCUGAAGGAUCGCCUGGAGCGUAAACUGGCAAGGAUUGCUGAACUAGAAGCUGACUUGGACCAGGCAAAGCGAGACCUACGAGCGGCCAAUCGCAAGGUAGAAGAGCAGGAGCUGCUACUUCAGGAGAGGGCCAGGAAGGAUGCAGAAAAGGCUAAACAGAUGUCCGACCUCAUGGAGAAGCUCCGGAAAUCGGAGGAGGAGGCUGAGAACCUGGCGGGCAAGCUGUACAAAGCCCAAGAGAAGAUCAAAAAGCUCAAAGAAGAGAUCCGGGAGCUUAAAAACAAGUUGGGCAUCGCAGUCCAAGAAAGCGAGGAGGAAGAGGAGGAAGAAGUUGACAACUCACCUCACUUCAUGAGCCGUUACUACCUUCGAGCGAAGAACAGUGGCAAGCCACGGUGGAUGCUACUCAGCGAGGAUGCAAAGCUCAAAAGCCAGAGGACAGAGCAUAUGCAGCAGCAAGCGCAUCACAGCGUAAGCAGUAAUUUCCAAGCUGCCAACGCGUUGCAGUUUUUGAGGCGUGCUCCGUCCUCUGAGAGUCAGAAGCCUCGUGGAGUGCGCCUGCAGUACGGGGACACCCAGGAGUGGUAUCCUCCUGAGAUGGGCAUGGGCAUGGGGGGCUUUGGAGAUGGCACACCUCAUGCACCUCAUGCUGGAGGAUUCAGCAGGCAGAGCAGCUUCCAAAUGGGGCACACCUUCACAGAUGGAUCUGCCGCAAGCCCGGGCGGCCGAAGGCUGAUGACGUCUGGCUCAACAACGUUUUCACCGGGAGAUGCGUCGCCUCAGCAAUUUCACAGCUUCAGCAGGCAAGGGACAGCAAGCAUGGCGGGCUUCGGGCGCAAUCAAGCUGGCAGUCCACUGAUGGCUGGUGGCAACUCCAGGCAAAGCACGCCAACUGGGUCUGCGCUGGUCCAUCCAAUGCUGGGGAUGCCACAAGGUCUGCCGCAAGGCCCUUUGCAAGGCCUGCCACAAGGCUUGCCACAAGGCCUGGCGCAAGGCCUACCGCAAGGCAUGUCCUUCUCUGGCAGCAGGGCAGCCGCUCCUGCUGGCACUGGCAGCUGGCAGGUUUCAGGACCAGGGAUGAGCACGAGCGGUUUGAGUUACAGGCCAGGCCUCGCCCCAUCAGGUUCCUACAGCUCAUACCAUAUCGUGGGACAAAGGCAAGGCACUCCGCCAACAGGCGUGGCCGAGUUGCUUGGAGGCCCCAGGGUGGCUGCUUCUUUUUCACCAACAUCUGCGGGAGCAGGCGAGAUAGCGGCCAGUGCAAGGUCGAAUAUGCAGGGCACCGUCAUUCAAGGCACUGCGACCUCGACUCACGCAUCCAGCGUGUUGCCGCCACAGGUGCGGCAGAAUGCAACUGUGGAAGGGUUUGGCUCAACGACACCAGCCCUGCCUCACAGAACCCUGACUGACGAGAUGAAAUCAAUUGCUUAG